AGAAUCUCCAUGCUUUCCCUUUUGUGCAUGGGACCACCAAGCAGGCAGAUGUAGAAAAGUGUACCGGUCUGUUUGGGAUGUAGCGGUCGACCAAGUCUUGUAGCUAGCUUGGAGCAGUUCUAUUGAUACAUUUGUAGGCUAUAAAUAGGGUCUUAUUCAUUUAAUAGAAUAAAAAUAAAUUUAAUUUCUAUAUUAGGUUUAUGAGGUAUGACAAAUAUCUUGUCUCUGUAGUGUUUUCAAUUAAAUAUGGGUACAAGAGCAUUUACAGAUCACUGCUUUCUGUUUUUAUUUGCAUUUUAUGUACUCUCCCAACUUUUCUGGAAAUGGGGUUAUCAUUUGAAAUAACUGCUCACAAAAAUGCUCUGAAAUUUCCAUUCAGUGCUUAUCACUGAUUCAUCUCAUAAAUGUGCAGUGUUCCUCAUCUGGUUAUUAACAGCUACAAACACCAGAUGCAAGCUACAAAACAUUGCAGUGUCUUGGACCAGGCUCUGGAUAGCCUGCUGCACCGGCUGCGUGGCCUGUGUGACAACAUGGAGCCUGAGAGCUUUGCCGACCACGAAAUGGUGUACCUGUUGAAGGGUCAGCAGGGGAACCCAUUCCUGCUGCGUGCACGCCGCUCUCUUGCUCACCUGGCCACUCCGUGGCACCUGCGUUACCUGGGCCAACCAGAGGUUGGCGAUAAGAGCCGGCAUGCCCUGGUUCGCAACUGUGUGGAUGUGGCCACGUCACACAGCCUGCCAGAAUUCCUUAAUGAAAUGAGCUUUCGCAUGGACCAUGAGUUUGUGGCUAAAGGCCACAUUUUCCGUAAGGGUUCUCUAAAGGUGGUGGUGAGUAAGCUGUUCCGUGUUCUGGUACAGGGCAACACAGAGAACACGGAGCCACUGUCACUCUCCUCUCUGGUGGAGCUGAGUGUUUUAGCACCAGCUGGCCAGGACACUGUCUCUGAGGACAUGCGAGCCUUCGCAGAGCAGCUCAAACCCCUUGUGCACCUGGAGAAGAUUGACCCGAAGAGACACAUGUAAUGAAUGAGGUCAUGGAGGUUAUUAUUACCACAUGGAAUAAACUGAACCCUUCAAGUGCAUUGCCUUUUUUCCUUCCCCCCCAUGCUGAUUUCCCUCUAGUGAUGAGCCCUUUUUUCUGGCAUCCUUUCUCCUUAUGUGUUUUCAUAAAUAAUCCCUUUUUUAAAAAAUGUGUGUGACAGAGACUAAUUUAUGCUCCCUAUUGCGUACUGCAGAGAUUUCCCUGCUGCCAUAUGCUUUGGCUCCAUCUUGUCUUUUAUCCUAUGGCCCAGUCCUGCAUUGUGUGUCCAGGCAGUCCUCGAAUUCUAAAUGAAGUCCUUGUCCUCAGUCUGUCUUUUUCGGAUUUUGACGCAAGUCGGAACAGUUAAGUAUGGUG